AUGGCCGACGCGCGGCGCGCGGCUGGACCGCCGGCUCCCGGCGCUGGAGAGGGCGGGCGGCGCGGGACGGCGAGCGGGAGCCGGGCACGUCCGCCGCUGAGAGCCGCGCCCGCACGGCGUGACCCGCGUGUUGUCAAGGGCAGGCGAACGCUUUGGCUCCAACCCGCGUGCUUCGUGCCGGGCGUGCACCUGGGGGCCGCCGAGCGCCACGAGCCUGCCGGUCCUGGGUCAGCGCGCGCCCUCCCCCUGCCCGCCCUCCUGCAGCGGGCUCGCCGCCCCGCCGGCCGCGGGGACACUGGGCCUGCCGCUGCACCACGUGCACCUUCUCCGGCGCUGCCCCACGGAGGAGGCCCCUGCCGCUGCACCACGUGCACCUUCUCCGGCGCUGCCCCACGGAGGAGGCCCCUGCCGCUGCACCACGUGCACCUUCUCCGGCGCUGCCCCACGGAGGAGGCCCCUGCCGCUGCACCACGUGCACCUUCUCCGGCGCUGCCCCAUGGAGGAGGCCCCUGCCGCUGCACCACGUGCACCUUCUCCGGCGCUGCCCCAUGGCGGAGGCCCCUGCCGCUGCACCACGUGCACCUUCUCCGGCGCCGCUCUGUAGAGGAGGCCCCUGCCGCUGCACCACGUGCACCUUCUCCGGCGCCGCUCUGUAGAGGAGGCCCCUGCCGCUGCCGCCCCGCCCGGGCCUCCCCAUGCAGAGGGUCUCUAAGUGGACUGUCACCUUGCAAGUGCAGUCCUGACAAGAGGUGCAACUUACUCAGCGCUCACUGUGAAUCAGGCACCACGCUAAGGCUUUUCCGUGUCAUAAAAUUCUCAACAGCGAGGCUCUGAGAGAUGGGCCUUGGCCCCAGCAGGACGCCCUCUCCUCGGUCAUCAGCAACGUGCCCGGUGACGUUGGAGACAACCCACCGGGAGAAUUCCUCUUGGUACCGAUGAUUCCACGGU